CUGUCAACCAUGCAUGACAUUGUACAGCUGGAGACAAUCAGUGCAACAUCAACUUGCCGUUGCAGAGGCCAUGAUGGGAAUCGAUUUUGGCCUUGUCGUCAAGUCACCUAUCGAGAAGCGCUGGCUCAUCUGAAUACAAGUAUGGUCGUCGUACCGCCAUGCUUUGAAUUCUCAGCAACAACAUCAGCAACAUCAGCACCGAAGACAAAUCGAACUUUACCGGCACAGCGAUCCUGAACGACCUCACGCACACCCCAAAACGGCAUCACCACAGGCACCCUCCCACAAGGCACGCUAAUCCUUCCGCAUCUGCGAGGUUCGUAUCGACUCGCCUUCCCUCUGGGAACAACCAGCGAUGAAAUGCUAACAGCCAUCAGGCACAAAUCGUCGACGAAAGUCGUUCAGAAGCGUCAAUUCGGAAGAUCCACAAUCCAAGGCGACUCUUCCUCCUCUUCGAUCCCGGGCCAGCUUCCUGUCAUCAACAUGUGCAAAUACUACGCCCACUCGCAUCCCUGCGGUCAUGUGAAGACCGUCUUCGCCGCGUUUUGUCCGCAAGCUGCUCUCGUCCAGAAACCUUGCGGCAGAGGCGAUAUUUGGGCCACAGUCAAGAUGGAGAAGGAUUGCACUCAUUGCUACGAAGUCGAGCCACCAGCCAUUCCACGCUCAGGUCUGCAGUCGAGAACGGGAGGUGGGCGUAAGAAGGUCAUUCGCCGUUGA